CCCCCAGUUUGAGUCCUGGAACCAGUGUCUCUCUCUAGACUUGGGCUUUUUGGGGAGGAAACAGAGAGAGUGGGGUCUGGGGAGACUUGGUCAGGUCUAAAAGGUCCCAGGACCUGCUGCUCUCGGGUCACCCUUCAGGGAAAGCAGAGAGAGGCCCUGGCAGGGGCUCUUCCCCUUCCUGUGAGGCCAUCCCUCUAGGACCCAUGAUGAGGAACACAGGGCCUGGGUUGUACCACACCCCAUGCAUCUGUCCAUCCAGCACACACUGAGGACUUUAUAAGCUGUCUGCACCGCUGGGGAACAUGGGAGGCAGCACCAGGACCCCAACCCUCACUGCUCUUCUCUGCCUCGGGCUAUGCUGGGGCCUGUGGGAUGAGGCACAGAUGGGGACCCUCCCCAAACCCUCCAUCUGGGCUGAUCCCAGCCACAUAGUCACCAAGGGGAGCCGUGUGACAAUCUGGUGCCAGGUGUCUCUGCAGGCUGACGGCUACUAUCUAUAUAAAGAGAAAGUCUCUGAGUCCUUGGAGACCUUGGAGACCUCAUGGGAUUCUAGCAACAAGGCCGGUUUCUCCAUUAAAUCCAUGAGCUCACACAAUGUAGGGCGAUACCGGUGUGCAUAUCAGAGCGGGGAGAGCCGGUCACAGCUGAGUGAUGACCUAACCCUGGUGAUGACAGGACAGUAUGAUGCACCCUCCCUCUCAGCAAACCCAGGCCCUGUGGUGGCCUUGGGAGGGAAUGUGUCACUCUCCUGUAGCUCACUGUGGCCACGGGGGUCAUUCCAUCUGCUGAAGGAGCCGGGAGCUAAUGUGCCCCAACACCUGGAGUGGACGUUCCAUCGUGAGAGGGGGCAGGGGUUCCUCCAAGUGGGCCCCAUGAACACCUCCCAUGCAGGGACCUACAGAUGCUACGUUUCUCCUGAGUCAUACCCGUAUUUGUGGUCACAGCCUAGUGACCCUCUGCACCUUCAGGUCACAGGAAUAUAUGAGAAACCGUCCCUCUCGACCCAGCCAGGGGCCUCAGUGUCCUGGGGAGAGAAUGUGACCCUGCAGUGUUGCUCGGAGUUGUGGUUUGAUACCUUCCACCUCUCUAAGGAGGGGUCUCUCGCUCCUCCCCAGGUCCUUCGUCUGCAGGACACAGCAAAACCUCAUCAGGUCAACUUUACACUGAGUCCCGUGACCUCAGAUUUUGAGGGCACCUACCGGUGCUACAGCUCACAUAGCAACAACCCCUACCUGUUGUCACAGCCCAGUGACCCCCUGGAUCUCCUAGUCUCAGGGUCAAACAGCCAAGAUUACACAGUGGAGAAUCUCAUCCGGUUGGGGAUCUCUGCCUUGAUCCUGAUGGUUCUCGGGGUGCUGCUCUUUCAAGCUCGGCACCGUCAGAGUAGACCCCAAUAUGCAGCUGGGACAUCCACAAGAAAGCGAGAAGAUGGACAGUGAGGUAGAACUUUGAAAACGGAAUGGAUGAUACCAAGACUUUCUGGAAGAAUAUCUGUACAUAAGUUGGGGAAACAUUCUACUGAGAAUAUUCUGGGUGUUAACAUGGUUCGGGUGCAGGGAAAUGUCUGGGUCGGGGCUAUGGUGCAUCUUUGGCAAUUAAAUUGUGGUGAUUUCUCUC